UGCACAGUCCCGCAUUGUCUCACACUAGGAAGCAUUCACAACAAGUUCUCCUACGACACACGAUGGAAUCAAUCGACACAUUAACUGGCGUGAGCAGGGAUGUCAUGGUAGCAAGGCUCCGUGAGGUCGCACUCUAUGCUCACCAACAUCGCAUCACGCUCGAGAACCUGACCACUGACCAACUCGACAUCUUUCACCGCGCCCUGUCACGCACACUUGGCUCUGAACUGGCCAUAGAAACCUUUGCGCAGAUUGUCGACGGCCUACCCACCGCUGACAUUGCUUGGGACAAGCGCUAUCCCUUCAUCUUCGGUGACACCCACCCCAUUGAGGCGCACGUAACAAUCUGUCCCGGCGUGGAAGAAAAGACCCGCACCUACCUCCAGCAAUACGACCUGCACUCUCUCCUGUUCGACCCACAGGUAGUCCAGCAAUACCAAGACGCUCCCAUUGGCUCCAAAGCCUUUCAUGUCCGUCUCAUCGAGCUCGUCGCCUUAGGAUUGCAUCAGAUCGCCGUGGAUCUUUUCAAGCGGGAGGAACAUCGCUGUCACACCCAGGAAGAGAUCGACCAUGUCAACAGCUGUAGUUCAGGGCCGCGUGAAGGCACCGAUCCAGCCGUUCGUGAAGCCACGGUGCCGCCAAGGCCUACCCUCUUCAACCAUCCUUUCUAUGUCGAUCUUGACAUCUACCCUGAAGGCCUCGCGGAUAUUGUGGGGUACUGGGCUGAAGACCGCAUAAUCGGGGGUGUCGUGUUGUUCGACAGAAAGGCUGACCCGCGCGAUCCCCAGGAUCGGCCGACCAUGGGUCAGGGCGAAGGCUCGGAGGUCGCAGGCGUAGGCACAGGCGUAGGUGGACAGAACCCAACCGGAGACCCGCCCAACAUCUGGCUGCACUCCGCUCGCGACCGCGUCACAUACCGGAUAUGCCAGCUUCACGACGAACAGCAAAAGGCACUCGUGGACUACCUGCUGGCCGCGCCGGGAGACUUGAGCAACCCACUUCCUGUGCUGCCCCAUAAGGGCAACCGCAGGCGGAUCGAUCCUGACAUUGCGCACACACACUUUCUUGUGUUUAGGGAAUACUGGGAUCGGAAGCCAGCGACGCAGGAGUUAUUGGAUUUCAAUCGACGGAGGCCGCGGAACGAGGGCGACUACCCUGAGAUUCGGGAUAUGUUGCACCGUGUUAACGCCGUGGAAAAAGAGUGGAAGGAGGCCAGAGAUACCAAGAAGUUAUCUCUAACACACAGACCUCGAUCACAAUAGAUCUAGGUAUAACUUAUAGCUAAUGAUGAUAUAAUGAAUGGACUACAUACCGUUCUUUGAAA